AUGGAAGCAGCAAACAUAGUUUUAUCCCCUGCUUUGCAAGUGAUCUUUGACAGACUGGCAUCCCCAGUCCUACAAAAGGCUGCUGAUUUCUUGGGUUUUGAUGACAACUUCCGGGGUCUACAACAUGCCGUGGAGAGGGCUCAAGCUACUCUUGAAGAUGCAGAAGAUCAACAAUUCACCAGCAGAGCUGCCAGACUUUGGUUGUCAAAGCUCAAGAAUGCAGCUUAUGAUGCUGAGGACGAUCUGCACUACUUGACUGCUAAAAGAAUGAGAAAUGGGAGCGAUUAUGACGACAUGAUAGGGAUGCCACCAGUUAACAAUCAUUUUCAACUUGGAGACCUUAUGCAUGCUACCCAAACUGGUGCAGUGCUCCGGGCUUUAGAAGCAACUAUAAAUGAGGGGCUCAGUGAGUUUAAUUUUAAAGCGCCUAGUAUGGUAGAUGGUCGAACUACCAUAAGAGAGACAAGUUCUUUUGUCAUCGAGUCAGAGAUAUAUGGAAGAGAAGAUGACAAAGAGAAGUUGGUCAAACUGUUAAUAUUUUCUGAAGCUUGCAAGGAAGGAUAUGCAACAUGUAUUUCAAUAUUUGGUAUUGGAGGAAUUGGUAAGACCACUCUUGCUCAAUUGGGAUAUAAUGAUGACAGGGUAAUCCACCACUUUGACGUUAGGAUGUGGAUUUUUGUCUCUGAUGAUUUCAAUGUUAAGAAGAUCAUGAAAGCAAUUAUUCAGUCUGCAACUAAGGAUGAAUGCAAGUUGUCCGAGAUUGACCUACUUCAGUCUCGGAUUUGGAAUUUGUUGCACAAUAAAAGAUAUCUCAUUGUGUUAGAUGAUAUUUGGACUGAAAACCAGGAUGAUUGGGACAAACUACGACCUUUGUUCAGAGGGGAUGUUGAUGGAUGCAAAAUCAUUGUCACCACCCGCAAUACAAAAACCGCAUUCAUGACAGACUCCCCAAAUUCCCCAUUUUAUUUGAAGGGUUUAGCAGAGGAUGAUUGCUGGGCCUUGUUCAAGCAACGGGCUUUUGGGCGAACUGAAGAAGAGAAGUAUCCCUGGCUUUUGUCAAUUGGAAAGCAAAUGGUUAAAAAAUGUGGAGGUGUGCCAUUAGCAGUAAAAAGUUUGGGAAGUUUAAUGCGCUUUAAAAGAGAGGAGCAGCAGUCGUUGUUUAUGCAAAAUAGUGAUCUCUGGAAACUAGAUGCAUGCCAAAAUAAAGUUUUACCCGCUCUGAUGUUGAGUUAUAUUCAUCUCCCAUCACAUCUUAAACAGUGCUUUGCAUUCUGCUCAAUCUUUCCGAGAAAUUAUGAAUUCAAGAAGCAGAAGUUAAUUUAUCUAUGGAUGGCAGAAGGAUUAAUUCUACAAGAAGGAAGCAAGCGACCAGAAGACAUCGGUGAAAACUACUUUGCUGAUUUGUUGUGGAUGUCUUUCUUUCAAGAAGUAGAGUUAUGUGAGGGUGUCAGUAUAACUGGAUACAAAAUGAAUGAUGUCAUUCAUGAUCUUGCACGAUAUGUUGCAGGAAAGGAAUAUGUGAUACUUGAACAGGGUGCCCCACCAAAUGGACUAGCACAAAUUCGCCACUCCUCUGUGGUUUAUACGUAUGGAGAAAUUACAAUUCUAGAAGCUCUAUAUGGGGAAAAACUUUUACGAACUCUCCUAUUGAUUGGAGAAUCCGGCUCAUUAAGAUCCAUUGGAAAAAUGUUUUCGACUUUUGUUUACUUGCGUUCGCUGGAUCUGAGCAGCUGCACUGUUUACAAUUUACCAGAAUCGUUGGGUAUUAUGAUAUGCUUGAGGUGUCUUGACCUCUCUUACACACCUAUUCGUCUGUUACCUGAAAGCACAAGCAAACUUUGUGCUCUGCAGACUUUAAACCUUUUUGGUUAUCAUAAUCUUAGGAGCUUGCCUUUCUUAGGAGGCAUGACCGACCUAAGAGUCUAA